CAACUUGUCAACUAACAACUUGAUUCUUCAACAUCAUACAACUUCAAAACUAUUUGCCUCUCAAUCAUUUACCAAUUUUAAUUAUCUAUCAUUCAAAGAUGUAUAUUCCAUCAGCACAAAGUGUCCUAACCGCAGGACUGGCUCUAACCGGCAGUCUCAAAGAACCGCGUACUGUAGUCGAAGGAUCGGUAAUGGACUACGCGGUCGAGAAAUGCAAAGACUCGGAAGGCAAUACGAGGUGCUCGAAACCGUUCCUCGUCUCUAAGUCAACGUGCUAUCAGCUCGAAUGGCGUACAGAGGGAGCACUCACGCAUACUACCGCCGAGAUACGUGAUAUAAAGUCAGGCGAGCUAGUUUUCUACCGCGAUACCAACGGCGAUUGGACUCCGGAAAAGGGAGAGUUCGUUUAUCUCGAUUUCAAACCCAAGGUCCCGGCAACAGGAAACCAGACUGUGGAUUAUAUAGUCAAGACUUGUGAAUAGACAGGUAUAUCGAUGGCAAUAUCCUUACCCUUUUCAGAGAUUGUAGGAUAGGCGAGGAUUGCGUACAACCUAUGAGAAGCAUAGAUGGUGUUAUAUAGGAUCUGUAUUAAUAUUUGGCCUAGUAAACAAGAUGCGGCUUUAGUCUUAUCAUGCCAUGAUAUGUUAU